CAUUAUUUAAAGCGGCGGCUCGCACCAUGGAUGCUACCAUUUAUCAGAUCAUACUUGGGGAGCUCGGGGAUUUAAACUGUAGUUUGAUUGAUGCUUUACAAGACACUUUUUUGGAAAACGCUUCGUUGUCUUUGCUGAGCUCUGAUGGUUUCUAUUGCAAUGCCACAACCGAUGAGAUUGGAACCUGCUGGCCGCGCAGCAGCACCGGGAGGAUUGUAGAGAGACCCUGCCCUGAGUACAUUAACGGGGUGAAGUACAACACAACCAGGAGUGCUUACAGGGAAUGCAUGGAUAAUGGGACGUGGGCGUUGAGGAGCAAUUACUCCAAUUGUGAGCCCAUUUUGGAGGAGAAGAGAAAAUAUCCAAUGCAUUACAAAAUAGCGCUGAUCAUCAACUACCUGGGUCACUGUAUCUCUGUGGGAGCUCUAGUCGUGGCCUUCAUUCUCUUCUUGUGCUUAAGGAGUAUACGAUGUCUUCGAAACAUCAUCCACUGGAACUUGAUCACCACCUUCAUACUGAGGAAUGUUAUGUGGUUUUUGCUACAGCUGAUUGACCACAAUAUCCAUGAGAGCAAUGAGCCUUGGUGUCGAUUAAUUACAACAAUAUACAACUACUUUGUGGUGACAAACUUCUUCUGGAUGUUUGUUGAAGGAUGUUACCUUCACACAGCCAUCGUGAUGACUUAUUCAACCGAUAAGCUCAGAAAGUGGGUCUUCCUUUUCAUCGGCUGGUGUAUUCCAUGCCCUAUAAUAGUAGCUUGGGCUAUAGGGAAGUUGUAUUAUGAAAAUGAACAAUGUUGGUUUGGUAAAGAACCAGGAAAAUACAUGGACUACAUUUACCAGGGACCAGUAAUUCUUGUGCUUCUGAUAAACUUUGUUUUCCUCUUCAACAUAGUAAGAAUUCUUAUGACUAAAUUAAGAGCUUCGACAACGUCUGAAACAAUACAGUACAGGAAAGCCGUGAAAGCGACACUGGUCUUGUUACCUCUGCUGGGCAUCACCUACAUGCUCUUCUUUGUGAAUCCGGGGGAGGACGACAUCUCACAAAUCGUAUUCAUCUAUUUCAACUCGUUUUUACAGUCCUUUCAGGGGUUCUUUGUGUCAGUAUUUUACUGCUUUCUGAAUGGAGAGGUACGUUCUGCAGUAAGGAAACGAUGGCACCGCUGGCAGGACAACCACGCCCUUCGAGUGCGAGUAGCCCGAGCCAUGUCCAUUCCCACGUCUCCAACCAGGAUCAGCUUCCACAGCAUCAAACAGACCACAGCUGUGUGACCAGCUCAUAAUCUCAGCUGCAGGAUCUAAGGGAACAGGCUUAAUCUUUUCGUCCAGUACAAACAAUGAAGGGAUUUACAGAUCAAACCGAUUCCUCUUACAAGGCUGCAAUGUGUCCAGUGUGACUGGAGAGCGAGGCAUAUCUCCUGUCUGGUGAGGUAUACUAUUAAUUAAAAUGGACACGUGGGAUUCUUGGAAGACAUAUCUCCCAUAAUGUAUUGUACAUGAGGUACUUUGUUUGAGAUUUUCUGGAGUUUAUUUAAAAGACUUAAAGAUGGCAACAUCAUGAAACUGUCACUUCACAGCAGGUCUAAUCGUCUGAUCUUACAGCACUCUUAUCGCUGUCAUCUUAAUGCUUAGUGGUUGUCAUUGGAGCAAGAUAAUCCUACAGGAUUUGCAGCAGGAUACUUCAAUAGCUCAUUCAUUUGCAGGCAUCUGCUCCAUUGUUGCUUAGUGGGAAGCUGACAAAGAAUACUUGCAGUUCAAUUAGAUACAUUGACCAAUAUGCACUCAGAAAUGUUGCCAGAUUGGUAUUUAGUGCAAUGAAUAUCAAAAUGGAAAAAGGCUCUUUGAGCUAACUGCUCUAUGGCUUCAACAGCUGCUUUUGACAGCAAGGAAAGAGGCUUUGGGGAAGGAGAGGGUUCACCUGAAUUAAAUAUCAAAAACUCUACGGUAUAAAAGGCAGAAGAUUCAAAAGAGGCUCUGCUCUCUCGUGUUAAAAGAUCAUUUGAACACUUGGCAUUCAUCAAAACAAAAUCUCAACAUGUGGUGAUACGUUUUGGUCAAUGUGAGAUGAUGAUUUUCUACAAACAAGCCAUUCUAAUGAAGCCUUUCUAAUGUGUGCUCAGUCUUCUCUCUUUUAAGUCUGUGUUCUUUUAUACAGUGUUGAGUUUUUUUGUCUUGUGCUGUACUGUUGAAAACAGUGUUAAAAUCAGCUUCCUCUCUUUUCCAGCUGUUUGUUUCAUCCUGCUAUUUUUUGCUUCCCCUUUGCUGUUUUUUUUUUCUUUUCUUCUCAGAACAUAAAGAGCAGUUUAUAGUGUCAUGUGUGAACUCCCUGAGGCUGAUGGAUGAGCAGUCCCAAAUUAAAUCUCUCUUACAAAUGAGUAAAGAUAAGAUUAUAUAUUAUAUAGAGUCAGGGAAGUGAUUCUCAGUAAUUUAUGUAAUGUAUAUGCAGUGUAAGUGCCAUGCAUGGGUUCACUAUGUAGGAACAGUGGAAGCAGAUUAAAUUCUUUUGGCUUUAUGAAAUCCUUGUGGCUUUCUAGUAAUCAGUGUCACCACUAAGCUGCUGGUUCAAGAGAGGAGACUCUUGAUGAAGUGAGCACCAAACAUUUGCCUGGAAUGCCAACUCUUAUAUCUGCUCAGGCUGCUCACACAACAAUGGGAACAACCAUCUGCAAUGUCAAACUAGCAAAAUGUUUUCUGGAAAAAGGAUAAAGAUGAGAGAGGAAGGAAGGUCAGUUUUUAAAAAGGAUUACAAUUGGGUUUUUUAAAUGUCUAAAUUAUGUUGCAGGCUGAUUUGAUGCAGAUGCUUCUUUGUGUGUCCCGAACAUUUACUUCAAAACAUCAGAAGAGUCUGUCUGGUGGUGCAAUUAAGAAUGUUUAAAAGGAAAAGUUCUUUUUUUUGGAAAUUUACUGUCUUGCUGGGAGUCUCAACUGGUUACCCGUCAAUCUCAUGGAACCUCAUAACCCAGGCUUUUUCUCAUUCACGGUUUGUACCUACAUAUAUGAAAAGUAAUGCACUGUAUAUCUGUAUGUAACCCACGUAAUCGUGAGCCAGAUGCAGCGAAUAACAAUCCACAUUUACAUUUGUUGCCGGGUGGUGACCUGUAGUGGCUCUAGUUAUUAUGAUGGGAACAAAUGAGGAAUUUGAGUAAUAUAGCAUAAAGAGUGACAAAGUCCUCAAAGGGAGGAGGUCUUGGUGGAUGGCUGGGUUUAAAAAAGGACUUUUACACUGUUUCUGGCCUCCUUGAAACUCCAAAAGUCAACAUAGUUAUUUUAAGUUCCUUAAAUAAAUGAAUUCCUCAACAUUCUACGUCAUGUAAACACGGGAGUCCUUUUAACCCAAACCCAUGAUAUUUUUUCUAAACUUAACCAGGUAGUAUGCUGCGUAGAAUGGUGUUUUUUUCGUUAGAUAUCAUAAAAAAAACGUUUUGAUAUUUUACGAACUGUUCAUGAGGAUAUGUUAUAUAAGGUAAUAAACUGCUGGCUGUAGUCUCAUAUUUACCCAACAGUCAUGAAAGUGGUAUUUUAUUUUUUUAUUUGACUCCCAGCAAGAAAGCGAAUAUGCAAAUUUCCCAGUUGAACAAUAAUUAAAAAAAGAUCUUGUUUUAUUGUAGUUUGGGUAUUUAUUUAUUUAUUUAUUUAUUUCAUUUAUAUUUAUGAGGUUAUUUGAUACUUUUAUCAGGAUUAAACCUGCUGGAUGUACUAUGGAUCUGGAUUUUAACAUAAAAGAAAAUAAACUUUUUUGUGAUCAGUUUUGUUUGAGGGUGUUGUAUAGACAUAAAAUAUAUCAUCACUCCUUGUAUUAAAAUGUACAUUUAAUAUAUGUAUUUUGUAAUUUUUGUUACAUUACAGCAAAUAUUUGUUGUUGUUUAUUGCUGCUCAACCGAAUUGAACAUCAAAUGUGGGGCAUUCAAAGUGCUGUAAAUAUUUUAUUGAAACAUUUACCUGAUUUUCUGUUUCCAGCAUCAUAACCUCUGCAGCUGAAAUACUGCACACCCAUCCAUGACCUUAUCAUAUGGAAACAAAAGAAGUACAUUAUCUUUACUUAUUUUCAUACAGAUAUAAGAAAAACUAAAUCAUGUAUUCAAACUCACCAAAGAGAUAACCAUGUUUACCAGCAUCCAGAAUUUUUAUUGUAUUCACAUUUCUAUUGUUGCCAUUGCACUUUGUUGACCAAAUUGUGUUGACGUUAUUUUGUACACCAUUUAUCGUACAUGAUGAAAUGUAUACAAAUCAGUGUGAUGUCAAAUUUAUUAACCUAUUACAGUACAUAAAUACAUUUUACUUACUGAUUUUAUGAAAAACAAUUUGUUGAACCACCCAUGUUGCCUUACAAACAAAAGAACAAUUAAGCUAAUGUCUCUGUAAAUGAUGUAUCAUUGUGUUAUUGAUAUACAUUUGUACAUGCACAUGUGAAAGGAAAAAUAUUGAUUUGAAUUAAAAUAAUAACCUUG